ACAAUAAAGUCAUAAAGCUCUGAGGAAAAAAUAAGAAAUAUGCACGGCCAACUUUCACAGGAUACACAAGUAGGGGUGCCUGCUAGCUUGGUGUGGGAUGUCUACCGUGGCCUUCAGAUUGGAAAGCUCAUCGACGAGCUACUGCCUCAUGUGGUUGGCCGGGUGGAACUUGUGGAAGGUGAUGGCGGUGUCGGAACAAUCCUCAAAGUUACCUUUCCACCAGGAACUCCUGGAGCAAGCUAUUUGAAGGAAAGAUUUACAAAAAUUGAUGAUAACAAGCGUAUAAAGGAAACAGAGGUUUUUGAAGGAGGAUAUAAAGACCUGGGGUUUCAUCUUUACCGGAUUCGCCUUGAGAUCAUUGAGAACGGCUCUGAAUCAACUAUUGUCAGAUCAACUAUAGAGUAUGAUGUAGAUGACAAGUUUGCUGAGAAUGCAUCUCUUGUCACCACUAAGUCACUUGAAACUAUAGCAGAAGUUGUUGGGGGGUAUUUAGCUGAGAAGAAAGCCACUGCUCAAUCAGAAUCAGGCAUAUCAAACACGCAUGCACAAGAAGCCACGAACAGUACCAAGCUUAGCUAGUACUGUUGCAUCGUUGAUGACAAGUAGUUAGUCUGGAUCUGAAAUUCUGCAGAUGUAUCAGUAAGAUGAAUGGUAUAUAUAUGCAUCAUCUGUGUAAUAGAUUGCUGAAGCAGGGGAUUCUACAUGAUGACAUGAUGUGGUAGCGACCAUGACCUCCCAGUGGUCAGGACCAAUGUAAAUAUAUGUGCUUCCCCAUUGUGUAAAUUAGAGUUUUACUGCAUCUGCAUGCAAGUCAGUCAUAUAUGAGGCAUAUUGGUCUCACUAGUUUCUGAUGAA